AUGACUCUGUCCAAUCAAAUGUCUAUUAGAACUGAUACUUUAGAGGUCAAAUCCUUGAUUGUUAAAAGGAUCGGGCAGCAAAAAGCAGAUAAAUACUUUUAUCAGCUCACAAGAUUGCUUAGUUCGAAGAUUACCAAGUGUGACUUUGAUAAGUUUUGUUUUGGGAUUAUUGGUAGAGAAAAUAUCCCUCUUCAUAACCACUUUAUUCGAUCCAUUCUCAAGAAUGCUUCCUGUGCAAAAGUUCCACCAUCCAAAAGUGUUAAAAGAGGGGGAAGUAACCUCACUGUUAAAACUGCAAAUGGAUAUCAGAAAAAUAGUCUUCACUCGCUUUACGGGGAUGCCUUCCCUUCUUCCCCACGCAAGGCAAGGUCCCCUGUUAAUCGAGAUCGCAGGUUUAGGGACCGCCCAAGUCCUUUGGGCCCACCUGCAAAGCCUCAAAGUGUAGAACUUGAGGAAUUGAAUGAAAGGGCACAAGAACAGCAGAGUGCAACAGAGUUGCUUUCACUUGGUAGUAGACCUCCAGUGGAAGUUGCUUCCGUGGAAGAGGGAGAAGAGGUUGAGCAGAUGGCAGGAAGCCCCAGUGUUCAGAGUAGAAGUCCAGUCACUGCUCCUCUUGGUAUUUCCAUGAAUUUCAGUGGAUGCCGGAAAGCUCUUUCAAAUCUUUCUUUAUGCAAUAAUUACCUUACAAGGACUUGUCUGAGCAGUGGCGAGCUUCCUGAUACUAGAUCAUUAGGAAGUCAGUUGGGGCAGAAGUUGGGGAUGGAGGGCAUUAGCAUGUCUUUGGACUGUGUUAACCUGUUGAAUAAUGGGUUGGAUGCGUAUUUAAAGAGGUUGAUUGAGCCUUGUAUUGCUUUAGCUGGUUCGAGGCGUGGAAAGGAGUACUUGAAAAAGGCAAGUGAUCAGUACAUUCCUGGUUUGAAUGGGAUGUUACCUGGGAAAUACAUUCAAAGAGAGACAGAAUCAAUUUAUGCAUCCAUGUUGGAUUUUCGUGUCUCAAUGGAGUCAAAUCCCCAGAUACUUGGAGAGGAUUGGCCCACACAACUUGAGAAAAUUUCCUUGCAUGGGUUUGAAGAGUGA